CUAUAUUCAAUGAUGGGCUAUAAAUAGGUAUAUCUUUUUUUUGCUACCAAAAGGGAUGCUAUAUUUCAGUGUUUGGACUUUAAGGAAAUGGAUAUAAAUCGACCAAUUUCAAAAGACUCCAGUUCUAUGCAAAACCCGGCAUCUGUUGACAAUUCUGUCUCUCCUAAUCUGCUGGAUAAGCGAAAGCACAAUCCAGACAGUGGAUACUAUAGCUGCAGUAAUAUUGAGGAAUCAAGUAACUUUAACGACAUGCCAAAAGAAGUGGAUUCACUUAACGCCAAACAAAUGGGCAGAUACAACCACCAGCCAGUAAGCUGCAUCUCCCAGCUAAACGGACAUAACACCAACCCACACAUUGGUGGUGUUUACACAAGCAAUGGCUUCCCCUGUCUAGCCAGUAAUAAUUUGGUGGAUACUAAUGGCAACCACAUCAGCAGGCAUGGUUUAAAAGCCUCGCCUAAUGACAAUCACUCGGGCCAUAUUGCAGAGAACAUACAGCAAGAUAAUAAUCGUAAAACAUGCCCCACUUGCUCUUCUAUGUGCGUGACUGAAAACUCAAUUGUAAAUUCCGGCUCUGGUGGUCGAUUAUCGUUUACUAAAGGCAUUAUCCCAACCACAGCUAUGACAUCACAAAGUAACAAUCUAUCAAGGUCAAAAGAAAAAGUAGACGCUGCGGCGCAGGACCUCGCGAUUAAGAUUGAAUUUUGUUUGAAAUUUGGUUACACCAUCAACCAGAUACGAUCUGCACUUUCGAAGUUAUCCUACAAAGCUACUAAAAAUGACAUUCUUGCCGAACUUUUUAAUUUCUCCACAACUGGUGGCCACAUAGCACACGGCCACGCCUCACUACCAACGCCCAUAAAUGUGGAAACAAAAUUCCAUUCAAUAGACAAAGACACGCAGAAUUUAAAUAUCCAGCCCGGUGAUUUAGUAAGCCAUGGUAUAUCCACUUCCCAGUCAAUGUUACAAUGCCGUGGCCCAUCAACUCUCGAACAUGAUUCAAAAACGACGAAGGAAGCAGAGGAUGAUAGUCAGAACCUACGACCGAUUGUAAUUGACGGAAGUAAUGUUGCCAUGAGCCAUGGAAACAAGCAAUACUUUUCGUGCAAAGGUAUCGCCAUUGCAGUGGACCAUUUCCGUAUGAGGAAUCACCGGGACAUAACUGUAUUUGUACCAACCUACAGAAAAGAGUCGUCACGCCCAGACGCUCCUAUACGAGAUCGAGAAAUCUUAGAGAAAUUAGAACAAGAGCGCAUUUUGGUUUACACCCCUUCAAGAUCUAUUAAUGGAAAACGAGUGACUUGUUAUGACGACCGAUUUAUACUAAAGCUGGCCCAAGAAACAGAUGGGAUUAUAGUAAGCAACGAUAACUUUCGGGACUUGCAGAACGAAAAACCUGAAUGGAAAGAAUUGAUUGAAAAGCGCUUACUCAUGUAUUCCUUUGUUAACGACCGCUUCAUGCCGCCCGAUGACCCACUUGGGAGAAAUGGCCCAAGCAUUGAUAACUUCCUUCGCAAAAGGCCAGCUUCGGAAGAACAGAGCAAACCACAAUGCCCUUACGGAAAGAAAUGCACGUACGGCAAGAAGUGCAAAUACUUCCACCCAGAGUGUGCCUACUCGCACAAGUCAGUUACGGACCGGUUAAAAGAAAAAACAGAACGACGGUUAAAGGCAUCAAACGUCGCGCAUUCAUUAGCAGAAGAAAUAAUGAAUAGUGACCGACCAAAAUCAAACCCAGAAGACCGACAGGUCAAUGAAAAAGAGAUUGGUGAAUACGAAGUAAACCACUCUGAGCAAACCAGACACAGUUACUCACAACCGAACAUUGGUGAAAUACCGGAAGCUAUUUCGAAGUCUUCGAGUUGUGUUGUAUAUCCAGCCACAAUUGACUCGGUUACCGAACAGCUUCAAAAAGUGGUUUCAAUAUCCAACACUUCACCAAGCCACCUACCAAGCAUGCCAAGCACACCGAACUAUUCUCCUGUUGUGUCCCAACCACCCCCUAAUCAAUCACCCAUGUAUGUACAACACCCAGGCUCCUGUGGUGCACUCGACGCCAGGAAUACCAGGCUACAACAGACCAUUGUACAGAACAGUAGCCCUGCUGCUUUCCAAGGCUUUGACAGCAGUGGAGGCCACCAAGUAUUAUACAACAUCCCUAACCAGUACCAACAAAUCGGUCAUCCUUUUAUUCAAUACCACCCUGUUUCCUACCAUGACAUGCACUACCCACCCCACCAGAGGGUAAUGUACCCCCCCUACCAUAAUGUACGGAUGCCCCAAAACAUAAUGCCACAGCCUGUGUACGUGGGUUCAAACCAUGGCUCCGAUGGUUCUUCCUUCUCCCGCUCGUACCCCUUCAUACCAUCCACAGAGAACGGUAUGAUUCCACAUAUUCCGCGUCCUGCUAAUUCCUCUCAUACCGACACCGACCCCAAAACCUACCCCCCUCGAACAUCAAGAAGGGCCUACUCCUCUCCCCACCCCCACCCCCCAGACGUUGGCCACCGUCAACACGCCAGCUACCCACUUGACAGCCCACAGAACCACAGACACGACUUGUUUAAAAACCUCUGCGGACUUUUCCCUCGAGUUACAGUGGAAAAAAUCAUGAACUGCAACCCAAGCGUGUGUGAUCCGAAAUCCCUAAUUAAGAUGUGCUUGGCGGAAAGCAGCUAGGAAAGUAGCAAAGAGCAACAACGCUCUGGUGCUACGUCAAACUACAAUACCCAUCAACCAGUGUUAACCGACAAGGGGACAUGGAGCCUCGUUCUCAAAAAUCUGAGCGUUGUUUCUCUCCUAACGCACUUUUCGACGCGCGCAACCCCCUUUUACACAUCCCAUGAAAUCCGCUGAAGGAUCGCUUAAGGGCGCAGGAACACACCAAAUUUCUCCGAACGCACACACGCACGUCUUGCGAACCGUAUCGUAAUGGAUGCCAAGACGCGAGUACUUGGUAUAGCGACGCCGAAGACGGAACUAGCGCUUCCCAUUUCGACCGAAGCCUACAAUACGCUGAUACUACCUUGGAAGAUCUUACAGUAGGACGAAUUAAAGAACUUAUCGACCACACCACCAGCGCCCGAGGCUGGCGUUCUUGUCAGCGCCUACAUGUGCCCACCACACUAACAUACCUUCCCACGAAUAUGCUGUCCACUGGUGCAUUUAUCUUCCGCGACGAAAACUUGUUUAUUGAUUCUUUCCCAAUUCUCCGGUUUCGCUGCGUAUCGUGACCGCCAUUACCCGGGAUGUUGACGUCAUAAAAUGAGCCAACGGUUCGUAGCGUUUUCGGGUCUCGCUUUGGCUUCCUUUGCACGUAGGUGAUGUUAUAUCGCCGUGACGACACAACACGACCAUGUAGUCGGGAAACGGCAACAAGCCACGGCGGACGCUUACAGGAAACACGAGCGCUACUGUGGACACGCAAACUAAACAGUAAAAAUCGCCGUUAAAGUUGUAGCGCAUGUAACAAAGCUGUGGUUUCACAGCGAGAACUCAAGAUUUCGCUCUGUUGCGUCUUUCGUGCGGUCGCCCGCGCCUAUAUAUACGUCAUAAUGUCGAGUGAUAGUGCAGCAGACGGUCGUGUUCGUUGGUCCUCGAAGUGGAAACACGCUUUGGUACUGUCGUGAGUGGAGUUAGAAAAUGCAGCGCAAAAUUCCCCGCUAUAAACAAGCGCCACGCUCGAAAACAAAUUUUCCGGGCCGGGUUUUCUUACAAAAGAACAUGUGCAUCGAUCGGAAUUUCAAGCUUUUUCGUAUCUCGCUUUUCGUCAAUACGCACUGCGUCAGUUUGGGAACCGAAAACCGGUGUUUUUGCGGCCCAGGCAGACGAAACGCUAUCAUGUGUCUGCGCACACAAUGCCCUUUUUAGCCGUCACAAGAGCACGAUUGAAAAAUCACAUGACAUGCGUGAAUGGGUUGUCGUGUAUGGUAUCUUAUACAGCAAAUGACUAGUAUACCGUAGUCGGGCCUUUUUUGCAUAAAAGCGAUAUUUUCUUUGGCCCGAAGAGUCAAAAUACAAGAGAAACUUUUCGUUCUCACCUCCAGUAUAAAGUACCGCGUACUUUCCCUAAUCUUGUUGCCUGUUACGCAACCUAUAUCAGACGUACAUUGGUUUUUGCAAUGUCUUAUGUAUAUACCCUUCCCAUCAUCUUUAUGUUGAUACUGUGUUCUUGUAAUCCCUGGUGCGAAAAUAUCUCCUGACUUUAAAAUGCGCGUAAAUGACGAAUCGACUUUAAUUAUUAAGCUAUAUAUCGUCAGCAAGUCCUAAAUAGCAAUUGUAGUGUUGUAGCUCGGUCUACUAUUAUUUCUUGUUUCGUUCUUGUUUCAAUUUUGUGUUUAUUAUUUUGUCCCUUUUACCUGCGAAUACAGCACUUUAUGAAUUACUGUA